UAUAUAUAUUAUUAAAUUAGUUUAGUUCGAUAAGAGAGAAUUUCUUUUAAAAUUAAAUAAGAAGUAAUUAUAAUAAUUAUUAAUAAUUUCUUUAUUAUAUAAUUUUUAUAUUUUCUUUACAAUUAAAUAUAAUUAAAUAAUAAGAAAGCAGAUCUAUUUAUAUAUCAAGAAGCUAAAAAAUAAAAUAUAACAAAGUAAUAUUUUAUUUAAAAUUUUUUUUUAAUAAAAUUUUUUAUUAAUAAAAUUCAUAAAUCCUUUUUAAUUAUUAUUAACAUGGAGAAACAAGAUACACUUUUACAAAUACAUUUAGAAAGACCUAUAUAUGAACAAGAAACUUUAAAUGAAGAUUACCAUUAUGAAAAACCAAAAACAUUUGAUUUUCAUAAUGCAUUAAAUGAUUUAAAAUAUAAAAACUGGAAAUCAUGUUUUAUAUCUGCAAUUCCAUCAAUAUAUUGGCUAAAAAAUUAUAAUUGGAAAGAAAAUUUAAUGUCUGAUAUAAUUUCUGGUUUAACUGUAGCAAUUAUGCAUAUUCCUCAAGGCAUGGCUUAUGCACUUUUGGGAAAUGUACCUCCAGUAGUUGGUAUAUACAUGGCAUUCUUUCCUGUUUUAAUAUAUUUUUUUUUUGGUACAUCUAAACAUGUAUCUAUGGGAACAUUCGCUGUGGUUUGCUUGAUGACUGGGAAAACAGUGACAACUUAUUCAAUAUCGCACAAUGAAAUUACAACUUCAAAUGUUACAACUACAUUACCCGAUUUGCCUGGAGAAUAUUUAUAUACACCAAUACAAGUAGCAACAGCAGUUACACUCAUGGUUGGAAUAUUUCAGAUUAUAAUGUACAUAUUUCAUUUGGGUAUUAUAAGUACAUUGCUAAGUGAUCCAUUAGUGAAUAGUUUUACAACUGGUGCAGCAGUUUGUGUUUUAAUAUCUCAAAUUAAAGAUUUAUUAGGUUUGAAAAUACCAAAACAGAAAGGAUAUUUUAAAUUUAUUUUUACAUUGAUAGAUAUUUUAAAAGAAAUACAAAAUACAAAUUUAACUGCUGUAUUUAUAUCAUUAAUAACUAUUAUUGGUCUUAUAAGUAAUAAUGAAUUUUUGAAGCCAUGGAUAAGUAAAAAAUGUAGUAUUCCAAUUCCAAUUGAGUUGAUUGCAGUUGUGAGUGGUACUUUAAUUUCAAAAUAUUUUUGUUUCUCUACUAAAUAUAAUAUUCAAGUUGUGGGUGAUAUUCCUACAGGAUUACCAGUUCCAACAAUUCCAACAUUUAAUCUAUUACAUUUGGUAGCAAUGGAUAGUAUUGCUAUAACUAUGGUAUCUUAUACUAUUACCAUAUCAAUGGCUUUAAUAUUUGCACAAAAACUUAAUUAUAAAAUUAAUUCAAAUCAAGAACUUCUUGCUAUGGGUUUAAGUAAUGUAGUAGGAUCCUUUUUUUCAUGUAUGCCAGUAUCGGCAUCUUUAAGUAGAUCAUUAAUUCAACAAACUGUUGGUGGUCGAACACAAAUAGCUAGUAUUAUAUCAUGUACAGUAUUACUUAUAAUUCUUUUAUGGAUUGGUCCAUUUUUUGAACCUUUACCAAGAUCUGUUCUUGCAUCAAUUAUUAUUGUAGCUUUAAAGGGAAUGUUUCAACAAGCUAAUCAACUUAUAAAAUUUUGGAAAUUAAGUAAAUGUGAUGCAUUGAUUUGGAUUUCAACUUUCUUGACAGUUGUAAUAAUAAGUAUUGAUAUUGGCUUGCUAACUGGAAUAAUAAUAUCACUUGCAAUUAUUUUAUUGCAAAGUAUUAGACCUUACAUUUGUUUAUUGGGAUAUAUACCAAAUACAGAUUUAUAUUUGGAUAUGAGUAGAUUUAAAGCAGCAGUAGAAAUUCCUGGAAUAAAAAUUUUUCAUUAUUGUGGAACUUUGAAUUUUGCGAAUAUUAAUCAUUUUAAAUCAGAAUUAUAUAAAUUAAUUGGAAUAAAUCCAAAAAAAAUUAUAGAGCAUAAGAUUAAGUUAAGAGAAAAAGGAAUAUAUAUGGAUACAGAAAAUUCAGAAGAAAAACAAGAAUUACAAUGUAUAAUAAUGGAUAUGAGCGCAUUAAGUUAUAUUGAUUCUAGUGGUGUAAUUACACUAAAUUCAGUAAUGAAAGAAUUUCAACAAAUUGAUAUACAUUUUUAUUUUGUAAGUUGUACAAGUCCAAUUUUUGAAACAAUCAGAAAAUGUGAUUUGUAUUUACAUGGAACACUUACAUUUAAGAUUUUUGCCACAAUACAGGAUGCUAAAACGUACUUAGAAAAAGAACUUUAUUCAAGAUAAUAUGUAUAAUUCGUCUUUUUUUUAUGAUAAAUUGUAUAUAUUAAUUAAUAUACUAUUAAUAUUAUUUAAUAUGUUAAAAAUUAUAUUAUGUUUAUAAACAUAUAAUAUUAAAUCAAAUUGGAUGAUAUUACAAAAUUUGUGAAAAAUAUAUGUAAAAUUACUUUUUUUUUUGAUAUUUUUAUACUAUUAUCUCUGUUAUUAGAAAAUUCAAACUAUAUAUAUUUUUAAAAUUGUAAUAUUUAAAAUAGAUAAAUGAUUCUUUCUAUGAUUAUAUGAAUCUUAUCUUAUAUGAAAUAAGCAAAUAUCUUUUUUGUUGAAAAAUUAGUACUUAUUUGUUAAUAUUAUUAAUAGUUUAUUUUAAUUUUGUAAAAGAUGUUAAAAUUUUUUCAUGAAAACAUAUGUGGCAAUACUUUAUAUUAUAAAAUUCUAUCUUAUUAAAUAUUAUGUUUAAAUAUUAAAUAAGUCUUAUAUAAUUUUAUUGAAUUAAUAAAGCCAAAGAAUAAACAUUAAAAUAAAAAUAUUUUUAUAUAAAAACAAAAAUAUUUAGAUUAAAAUAUAUUGUUUUGAUUAUACUUAUUACUUCAUAAUUAUAGUUAAUAUAUUUUAUUUAUAUUAUAUGUGUAUAUACAAUUGCAUUAAGCAUAAAUUGUAUAUAAUACAUAUAUACAUAUAUAUUUUUUUUUUCAUAGAUUAUUUAUCUUUAUAUAAUUAUAUAGAUUAUAUUUUAAAGAUUUUAAUAAAAUAAAAAAUAAUUAAUGCAUAAUAUUUUAGUGUAAUUCUCUUAACAUAAGGAUAUAUAAGAAAAGGGAUAAUCAAAAUCAAAUAUUAAUUGAGCAAUCACGAAUCAUUUAUUUAUGGUGAUCGCUCUAUAUACAAAGUAACAGUUUUUGGUUACAAUAGGUAACUCACUGUCACUGUAUCUGAUUUUUAUAAUGUGCCAUCUCUUUUAUUAAUCUCAGCAUUGAUAGUAAAUUACUAUGAUUCAUAGCACAUUAUUGUAUCUAAUUUAUAGGCAGUGAUGACCUGCACUGAUAUCAGUAUUACAAAUAAAUACUUGACACGUAUAAUAGAACAUUGUUCGACAAUGUACUGAAGAAAUAAUGUAAUUUAUCUAUGUUCUUUUUCUCUAACUGUAAUUGAUUCAAUUAAAAAUAUUGAUGCUUGAUAAUUAAGCUAGUCCAUAUUUCUUCUUGAGAGAUUCUGGCAUUUCUGGUGGGGGUGGGCGGGGCAUACGAAGCCAUACUUUUACUGCAUCGUAAAUAAACCACUGUGCUGCUGUUAAUGUACCAAUCAUAACAAUUCGAGGACCAAGACCUUUCCAUACUCCACCAAAACCAAGUUUCUUUAAAACAUCAACAGCUGAUGCUCCCUUUUCUUGAUUCAAUUUUGAUACAAC